GUUUCUGCUGUUGUGGAGCGCCGUCCUCAUCAUGUAUCCGACCACGCUGGCGGUCAUCGCCCUCACCUUCUCUAGCUACGUCCUGCAGCCCGUCUUCCCAAACUGCGUCCCUCCGUACAUGGCGACGAGGAUGCUCUCGGCCACGUGUCUCCUGCUGCUGACGUGGGUGAACUGCUCCAGUGUUCGUUGGGCCACCAGGAUCCAGGACAUCUUCACUGUGGGGAAACUGAUGGCUCUGGGUCUUAUCAUUGUGGUUGGCCUGGUCCAGAUCUUCAACGGGAACUACGAGGCUCUGACUCCUCAGGUGGCCUUCUCUCUGGAGAAGACGCCGACGGUCGGACAGAUCGCUCUGGCUUUCCUUCAGGCCUCGUUCGCCUUCAGCGGCUGGAACUUUCUCAACUAUGUGACAGAAGAGGUGGUUGAACCCAGACGGAAUCUACCUCGUGCCAUCUACAUUUCCAUUCCAUUGGUGACGUUUGUGUACACGCUCACCAACAUCGCCUACUUCUCCUCCAUGUCGCCCGACGAGCUGCUGUCGUCCAACGCUGUGGCUGUAACGUUCGGAGAGAAGCUCCUGGGAAUGUUCUCCGUCAUCAUGCCCAUCUCUGUCGCUCUGUCCACCUUUGGGGGGAUCAACGGUUACCUGUUCACUUCCUCCAGGUUGUGUUUCUCAGGUGCCAGAGAAGGUCACCUGCCCAGCCUGCUGGCCAUGAUCCACUACAAGAACUGUACACCAAUCCCUGCUCUGCUGGUCUGCUGCGCUGCCACCAUCGUGAUCCUCUGCAUCGGAGAAACACACAACCUCAUCAACUAUGUCUCCUUCAUCAACUACCUGUCGUACGGCGUCACAAUCGCAGGUCUGCUGUUCUACCGCUGGAAGAAACCCAGCCUUUACCGACCCAUCAAGGUGAACCUGCUGGUUCCUGUGUGUUACCUGAUGUUCUGGGCGCUGCUGCUGGGCUUCAGUCUUUACUCUGAGCCGGUGGUUUGUGGUGUCGGACUGGUCAUUAUGCUCACUGGUGUACCUGUGUACUUCCUGGGUGUCCACUGGAAAGAAAAACCAAAGUGUAUCUACAACUUCAUCGAGAGGGCGACAUACGUGGGCCAGAGGUUGUGUUUCGUGGUCUUUCCUCAGAUUGACCCCAUCGAGGUCGCAAACUCCUCAGAAUGGACUGACCGCUCAUCAGGCAGGAGCAGUUUGUCUGCCAAUUCUUAAACCUCUUGGCUGAAUAUGUGAAGAUCUUUGUUUUGUUUUUGUUCAGAGUCCAGACUCCUGGUCCUGGUUUUGGGAGCUUUAGGUCUGAACCUGUUUCUCUUCAGUUGAGUGGAGACUCCUGCAUUGUUUCCCCUCUCUUUUCUACAAAGUCGAUAAACACAGAAACUUGUUGCCCAGAGCAUCACACUGUGAAAGUGACUUUCUUUUUGCCAUUUUGGACCUUUUGUUUCUCUUUGUGUAAUAUCACCAGGACUCAGAAUCGACUGACAACGAAAUGUUUCUUCUUGUGAUUGUUACUUUUAUGUUUUUUGUGCCUUAAAGCCUUUUCACACUGAGUCCACAACAAAUCACACCUCAGGAUUCCCGAUACAGUAAAGAAAACAACACGUUAACCCUUAUGCAACUUAAAAAAAGUAACACUCAGCACCUUAAGGACAAAAAAUGUAACCUCCCUAAUCAGGUUUUUAUUUUUCAUGAAAUAGAUUUUUUUUUAUCAAAAUCAAACCUGAUCAUGAAAAAAAUAUUAAUUUCAGCAUUAUAACUAAUACCAAUUUCCUCAAUUUAACACAUAUGAAAGCUGUAAUAGUUUAUAUAUACGUCAUGUUGAUGAUAUUUCCCUUGGAGAGAUAACACAGCCUGGGAUAUGCCACAUAUGACCAACAACAUUAUUUUUGAUGUAGUGUCACUGUUUUAAAAACAACAGAACAGAACUCAGAACAGCUGCUGCUUUUUUUUUACCAAGAGUGUAUGAGAGUUUUCACCAACAGUACAAAACAAAAUGUAUAAAUUAUCAGUGUAGACAACGUUUAUGACACAGCACUGCCAUCUGCUGGGUUAUAUAAUGUAUGCGUUUUGUAUAAUUCUCUGUUGUUGAGACUUGAACAUACUGGGGUAAAGAGGACGAGAGGCGGAUCCAGAGCAGAAUUUUUGAGUUUUCAAAUUAAAAACAGAGUAGUACGGAUGUAGCUCUAACCUCUGAUUACUUUGACAUUUUAAUGUUAAAUUUAUGAUGGGGGCCACACAGUUGGUGUAGUGGUUAGCACUCUUUGCCCUUGCAGCAAGAGAACCCGGGUUUGCGACCUAGUUGGAAUAAGGGCCUUCCUGCAUGGAGUUUUCUCUGGCUUCUUCCCACUGUACGAAAACAUGCAGUAAAUUGUUGGCUCCUACAAAACGGUAUAUUCCAACAUGUCAUGUGACUUCUGGUAAAAUGAUUAUAUUUUCAUGUAUAUACAGCACAUAUAUAGUGGGACUUGGUGUGAAAAGCAAGGGAAAUGUGUAUUAUAAUAUUGUUUAUUAACUCAUUCACUAUAUUACUUUAGCUCUGUGUUUGGUCUUCCAUAUUCUCUUCAUAUAUGAGCUUCAUGUGUGUAUGUGUGUUCACUUGCUCCGCCCCUGCUCUGACCUCACACACACCACCAUGAUUACACCACGUAAUCAUCAGGUUUGCUGACACGCCGUGGUUGUAAUCGCAUGUAGAGGUAUUUUCAUAAUAAGAGUCUAAUGUCAUGUGUAUUAAGAAUGUGAAUUGUAUCCUCUUCUUCCUGACCCGGUGUUGCCGCUGAUACGUCUUUUUGUUGUUGUUGUUGCUAUAAGACGCUGCUGUUUUAACCAAGCUUAAUGUUAGCCACGAGCGUUAGUGACUUAGCAUAUAUAGGCUCUUAAACUGUGUCACAAUUUUUUUUCCCCAAAAAAACUCUUCUCUACAAAAAAUGCUCUGGUCUACAGGGAAUUUUUCUAAGGUGUUAUCUCACCGUUGCCUAGGUAACAGAGCUCCAGCUGGACUUGGCACAGGUUACAAAACUCCACAAAAGCCUUUUCACACCGAGUCCACGACAAAUUGCACCUCAGGAUUCAGAAUACAGUAAAAAAACACAUUAACCCUUAUGCAACUUAAAAAAGUAACACUCAGCACAUUAAGGACAAAAAAUGUAACCUCCCUAAACAAGUUUUUUAUUACAUCGGAAUUGGAAGUGACGUCAUCCCUGAGUUGAGAAGACGGGAGAAAGCAUGGACACAGACUUAUCUCGGGCUAGCUGUUGUUAGCAAUAGCUGUUUAUUUGGCUCACACAGUGUAGCCACAUGAGUUUUUAUUAUUGACACGAGUGGCAGCCGCCGUGGAAUCCUGUGUCAGGUUUUGUGAUGUUGCGAGUUGGAACGCUGAUCAGAGGGGACAUUCCAGUUGAAACUGAAAUUCUGACUUUCGACUACAACUGGAACGCACCAUUAGUGGAGUGGCUUGACGCCCAUAAACAGGAGCAGAUGUCAAAUAACAUUAAUUAUGUUAACAUUUGUGUAUUUUUUUUUGUUUAUACAAACAAUGUGCUGUUUCUCUCAUUUCCACACACACACACACACACACACACACCUCUGUGUCAGUCAGUCAG